ACACAUCUUGUCAGGUCUACUUUGCUAUCUUCCCUUCGCACCUGUCAUGGCCGACCCUGCCUGGUGGAAGCUCACCUUCCUGAGGAAAAAGAAGUCAGAGCCAAAGGUCCUGUAUGAAAUACCACCCGACUUCAGCACCAACAAUGCGAAAAAAGACCUGGGCAACGACGACGCAGACAGCGAUUUAGACGCCAGACUGGAAAAAAUAGUGGAUAAAUCUGCCACUAAGGGCCGUCAUGUAAAAGUCUCCCAUUCUGGGCGGUUUAAAGAGAAGAAGAAGAUUCGCGCGACUCUGGCGGAAACCCCGAGCCUUUUCCCCGAACCUGCUCGGACUGACAAGAGCCAUGUGGAAAAAUAACUUCCAGACGAAGCACACAGUUUGCAGCCUGUUUAUACAUACAUACUAAUUUUUACUCUUUCUUAUUUGAAAGGCUGCAUGUUGAGUGGAGUUACCACAGACGCAGCGAAGAUACUGGAACAGAAAAUUAUUAUUUUUCACCGGCCAUACUUUAAUUGAAAAGCAACCCCAAGAUGUAAAUCAUAA